ACGGCGACAUGCAGCCACCACAGUAUGACAACCGACAGAGGGCUGGUGUGGUUCCCUAAUGGGGAAACAAACUCAGGCGGCAUGGUCUAAGCUAAGUCAUAAUGCAGCGUUUGUGCAGAUGCCCAUUGGUUUGGAGAGUGAUUUUAAAGGGAUUAUAGAUCUUAUUGAGGAGCGAGCCAUCUAUUUUGAUGGAGACUUUGGUCAAGUUGUUCGAUAUGGAGAAAUUCCGGCAGAAUUCAGAGCAGCAGCAGCUGACCGCCGGCAGGAGCUGAUUGAGUGUGUUGCUAAUUCAGACGAGCAGCUUGGUGAGAUGUUCCUGGAAGAAAAAAUCCCCUCUGUUUCUGAUUUAAAGGCAGGUGCCGUCGAACUGGGCCUUAAGUUGACAAAGCACGAGGUGGGGGGUCUGGUUUGCAGCGAGGAGAUGUGAUGCUUUCCGAUGGGCUUAUUCAUGGAAUCUGAGUAAACUUUUUUAACAUGAUUGCUUUCUUCAAAAAGUACUCGAGGGCUAGCCGUGUGGCCUAGUGGUUAAGUUCAUUGUGCUCUGCUUUGGCUUCCCGGGUUUGGAUCCCAGGGCAGACCUACACCACUUGUCAGCCAUGCGAGUGUAUA